AUGGGUGUCUUACUCGAGACGGUGAUGGCAUUAGGCCUGUUAGCCAGUUCGGCCUCUGGCUUGAACUAUACGGAGCCGUACCGACCCCAAUACCAUUUCUCGCCCAACAAGGGCUGGAUGAAUGAUCCCACCGGUCUGCUAUAUCAUGAUGGCACAUACCAUCUCUUCUUCCAGUAUAAUCCUGGUGGAAUCGAAUGGGGGAAUAUGUCGUGGGGCCAUGCAACUAGCGAAGAUCUCACACAUUGGGAGGAACAACCCGUCGCUUUCCUUGCGCGCGGUUAUCCGAAUAAUGUGACAGAGAUGUUCUUCACUGGGAGUGCUGUUGCAGAUGUGAAUAAUACUAGUGGCUUCGGGGUUGAUGGGAAAAUCCCCUUGGUCGCUAUGUAUACUUCCAUGUAUCCGCUCAGUCAGACAUUACCCAGCGGCAAAGAAGUCCUCGCAGAACAACAAUCCCAAUCAAUCGCCUACAGCCUAGACAACGGCAAGACAUGGACAACGUACGACGCCGCCAACCCCGUCAUCCACAACCCCCCAACUCCCUAUGAAAUGGAAUACGAGAAUUUCCGAGACCCAUUCGUUUUCUGGCACGGCGAGACGCAGAAAUGGAUCGCCGUAACAGCUCUCUCAAAAAUCUACAAACUCCUCAUCUGGACCUCGACAAAUCUAAAAGAUUGGUCGGUACUCAGUGAAUUCGGACCAAAGAAUGCAGUCGGCGGCGUUUGGGAAUGUCCAAAUCUAUUCCCUCUCCCUCUCUCCUCCAACGACAGCGACAAUAAACAAAUUACAAAAUGGGUCAUGGUCCUAGGACUCAAUCCCGGCGGACCACCCGGCACAAUCGGGUCCGGAACACAGUAUUUCAUCGGUGAUUUCGACGGCACGACUUUCACACCCGAUUCCGGGAGUGUAUACCCCGGAAAUGAAACUGCAAACUGGCUCGAUUGGGGUCCGGACUUUUACGCAGCGGCUAGUUUCAAUGGACUGCCCGCUGGCGAGAGGGUGAACCUUGCUUGGAUGAAUAACUGGCAAUAUGGUGCUGCUAUACCGACUGAUCCAUGGCGGAGCGCGAUGAGUAUCCCGCGUCGAUUGUCGUUGGAGAUGGUCAAUGAGAAGGUCACACUCCUUCAGCGACCGCAUGAGAAUUUGCAAAGUAUCAUGGGUCACAGCGAUGUAUCGCAUUCCUGGAACACUGUAUCAGAGGGAUCAGUAGAUCUCGGCUCACUAGGCAAGGCAUUCCAUGUCAGUUUGAGCUUUGCGGAUCAUGAUUCGGAUAGUUCUCGUGCGUCUGAGUUUGCGAUUGCUGUGCGUGGUAGCUUCGAUUUCGAGCAGCAGACGCUUGUUGGGUAUAAUUUUACUAGUAAGGAAGUUUUUGUUGAUCGGCGAGUCUCAGGGGAUGUUGCUUUUGAUGGGACUUUUGGGAGUAUCUACCAUACGGCGUUGGCGGCAGAUUGUGAUGGGCGGGUGGAUUUGCGGAUUUUUGUUGAUUGGUCUAGUGUGGAGGUGCUUGGGGGGAAGGGGGAGGUUUCUUUGACUUCGCAGAUUUUCCCUGAUGGGGAUUCUACUCAUGCUCGACUUGUUUCGGUCGAGGGUAGCACUGGAGAUGUUGAUAUUCGGGUCAAUGGUGUGGCUUCAGUGUGGGAGUGA